AUGGGAAGAACCCAGAUGAGAAAGAUUGAUGCUUUUGAGGAAUAUGGUGUCCGAGGGACAUACCAAGUUCCGAAGAAAGCAUUCAGAGGGGUUGAAAAUCUUCAUGGUGCAUGUAUGAUGAAGAAGAAGAAUACCCAAUUGGGUGAGAAAGUAAUCAGAAACUGUACUGCUAAGCUCAAGCCUUAUCUCAUGAAGGCAGUGGAUAGUAAGAAGACAGUGGUUCAGGAAGCUGAGAACAAGCUUAAUGUUCCUAAUGUUGCAAAGGAACAACCGCAUGAUGAAACAAAGGGUCAUGAACCUGAUGUUACUAGUAAGAGAGAGGUCCAAAUUUUGGAUGAUACACAGUCAAACGGAAGGGCCAUUCUGGAUGGUGAAGUUAUAAAAAGAACUGGUUCAAAAAGGAAAUCAUAUUCUGAAAUUUCCAUGAAACCAAAAAUUUCAAGUGUUUAUGUCAGGACCAAAGCAUCUGAAACCACCCUUAUUGUGAAAGAUGGGUACCAGUGGAGGAAAUAUGGGCAGAAGGUGACCAGAGAUAACCCUUGUCCAAGAGCAAUUUCAAAUGCUCUUUUGCUCCAAGCUGCCCUGUAA